AUGAGGAGACAAAGAGCGUUUACACAUAGGUCCAGGAACGGAUGCCGCACCUGUCGGUCCCGGCAUAUCAAAUGCGAUGAGGCCCCGGGUGCAUGCCGCAAUUGCACUUCCACCGGGCGCAACUGCGAGGGAUAUGACCAACAUCGAUUGCCGGUCCGCAAGACAUUGGCCCCUCAAGCAUCAAUGAAACUCGUCACAAGUCUGCCUGGAAUGAGUUCCGAUGAGCGCCGGUGUUUUCGGUUCUUCGAGCAUAACACCAUCCCGAUGCUGGUGGGGUACGCCGAGUCAGAAGUAUGGCAGCGGUUGGUGUUACAGAUGAGUCAAAGGGAACCCGCCAUCUGCCAUGCAGUGGUUGCACUGAGCGCCAUUCAUGAAAAAUUUGAGCGGAGGGGCAUGACGAUGAAACCCGAUCACCAUCACCAUCGCUUUGCGCUGGAACAAUAUGGUCGGGCAAUGUCAAUGCUCCGCAGGCGCAUACAGUCCAACGAUCCGCAGGUGCGGGAGAUUGCGUUGAUGUGCUGUGUUGUCUUUGUAGUUCUGGAGCUUCUCGAAGGCGAAUAUAAGAAUGCUUUCGCUCAUCUACAGCAAGGGCUGACUAUUCUGGGCAGCCAAUCAGGCCAUACGUCCACGACAGAAUGUGCGCUGGCGAAAGCGUUCCUGCAUCUUAAUGUACAACGAUCCCAUUUUGGCGGCCCGGACGUUCGUGUGACUCUCCACCCCCCUAAAGGGCGUGUAGCCGAAGCAACCUAUGAGAGAGUUAAGAUCCGCAGCGUGGCAGAGGCCAAAGAGCGCAUCCGAGUCCUGAUGAACAAUAUCUUCCAUUUUCAGUCAUGCUGCAACCUCUUCUUCCGGGGUGAUCUAGAGUCUGACAUUCUGAGCCUCUCCGCGCGGCAGUGCAAAUUGCAGUGUCAACUGGGUGAUUAUAGGGCAGACCUCGAGGCAUUCAUCUUGUCCCACAGCACCCGGCACGCCUGGACUCUGAGAGAUAUUCGGAGCAUGGAUGUGAUCCGAGUGCAUUUGGCGACCCUGGUUAGCCUGCUGGGAGGGACACUGGACACGACGGAAAUGGGCUACGAUCGCUUCCUUCCCGAGUUCAAGCGAAUCAACGAGUUCUGCGAGCGAAUUAUCAACAGCUUCAAGACCGAAUAUGGGGAUAUUAGUCGUCUGCCCGGUAUGGUUAUGGAUUUGGGAAUCCUGCCAUCACUGUUCUGGUCAUGUGUAAAAUGUCGGGAUUCCAGAACCCGGCGGCGCUCCUCCCAACUGCUGCAGGUAUGGCCGCAUCGGGAGGGGAUUUAUGACUCACGCUUGAUCUCGAUGAUCUGCCAGGGACUUAUCGCCAUUGAAAGCGAAGGCCAGGAGGACGAGACGGGAAUUAUCCCUCAGUCAGCCCGUGUGCAAACCCAGACGGUAGAAGUAGCCGAGGACCAGAGUCACAUAGUGAUCAGAUAUACAUUAUCCGGCUCUGAAACUUGGGGAGAAAACGAGCGAGAGCGGGUGGUCUCAUUCGAGAGCAAUGAAUGA